GGGCAGGUGACGUCACCGGUUAUCUUCGCAAAGGGUGCACGACGGCUGCACGCGAGUGCGCUGCGCAAACGGCAUCGAGAAGCAGAGAGAUGCGGCUGGUGUGGCUAGUCCUGUGUGUGGCGUGCGUAGGCGCAGCGGACGGCGCGCGCAUCCUUGCCGUGCUGCCCACCAACACCAAGAGCCACUACGCUAUGUAUGGCCGGCUCAUCCAAGCGCUAGCCAACAAGCAACACCAACUCACCGUCGUGUCCCAUUUCCCAAUGAAAAAUCCACCGCCGAACAUCGAUCAAAUCAGCUUAACGGGGACGAUACCAGAAAUCACGAACAAUUUGUCAAGACAGCAGCACUCGUUGAAACCAGACUUCAUCCGAAACUUAGAACAGAUCAUGAAGGAAUGCAUCCACGCUUGUGAGAUGGUGUCGCAUCUUCCAGCGGUCAAGAAGUUGUUUAAUUCUACUGCGACCUUUGACUUAGUUAUUGUGGAAGUUUUUGGAAGCGAUUGUUUUCUACCGGCUGGCAGAAAGUUUAACGCUCCCGUCAUAGGAUUCCUUUCGAGUGUUCCUUUGCCAUGGGUCAAUGAGCAGCUUGGUAACCCUGAAGGGACAGCGUAUAUACCAUCCUACAUGGUGGGCUACGGACAGCACAUGAGCUUGUGGGAGAGAUUCUUUAACACGUUCGCUGUGAUCACUGCGAAAAUGUUGUAUGUGUAUAAGUCACAAAUUCCGUCUCAGUCUAUAGCAGAUCGGCUGUUUGGACCUGGUGCUAAAUUGGAUACUCUUGCGAAAGAAUAUAGUCUAGUCUUAUCUAAUAGUCAUUUUAGUAUAAACGAAGUAAGACCACUGGUGCCAGCUUUGGUUGAAGUUGGCGGUUUGCAUUUAGACGAAACUCAAACAUUGUCACGGGACAUGAAAAAACUGCUCGACGCAUCAACAGAUGGCGUUAUCUACUGGAGUUUCGGGUCCAUGUCGCGAAUUGAGACGAUACCCAGUGAAACAUUAUCGCAAAUAUUUGAGGUGAUAUCGGAGAUGCCCCAAACGGUGUUCGUAAAGAUGAACAGAGGGAUGCUGGCGAGGAAUCUCACCGUGCCUGAUAACAUCUACACUAUGGACUGGAUACCACAGUACGCUACUUUGUGUCAUCCGAACGUUAGGCUGUUCAUCUCCCACGGGGGAUUGUUGGGAACACAAGAGGCGGUGGCGUGCGGCGUGCCCAUGCUGAUGGUGCCGUUGUACGCCGACCAGGCUCUCAAUGCGAGAGCCAUGGCGGACAGGGGCGUGGCGCAGAUACUCAGACUAAAGGACGCCGACAAAAAAAUGUGGAGAAGCGCUCUACAUGAAUUACUUGCUAAUCAUAAAUACAAAGAAAACGCAUUAAAAUUAAGAAGUAUAUUCCUGGACAGGCCGAUGCGUCCGCUAGACGCAGGCGUGUACUGGAUCGAAUAUGUAUUAAGACACAAGGGUGCGCAUCAUCUGAGAUCACCUGCGCUAGAUCUCUCUCUGCCGCAGUACCUGUUACUCGACGUGAUAGGACUCAGCAUACUCGCCACGAUAACAACCAUAUACAUACUGCACAAACUAUUCAGAUAUCUGUGCACGCGGUGCAUCAAAUGGUGGCCAAAAGAAAAACUCAUGUUCGAAAAAAGACUGUUCAAAAGAAACAUCAGUUUCUUCAUGUGCAUACUGUGGAAGUAUAAAGUGAAAACUAACUGACCUCUAUGAAUGCAAUUUAAAUAAUGUAUUAUAAUGAUAUAGAUGUAAAUAAUAUUGCGUAAGAUAUUUAUAAAAUAAAUAUUACUUGUUAA